UGACGAAUUUGAUAUGGAUGAGCAGGUUGUAGAUACGGUCAUCCAAAGCUGUGACAAUUCAAAUGUUGAUAGUGAUUCACAAUGCCAAGCCGAUCAAGAUUUGGGAGACAAGGAGUCAGAAGGCGAUCAAGACGCUGAAGUGGAUGACGAAAUGGAAGUAGGCGUUUAUGUCGAUGGUGAAAGUGACGAUGCACCAACCGGCUAUUUCGAAACGGUUGGUGCAGACAACAACGAGACAGAUUUUGCCGACGAACACGACACGCCAGACAAUGACGAAGAUGGUGAGGUUGACGAGGUUGAGGAAGAUUUGCUCGACGAAGAGGGCGAAGUAGAAGCAGAGGAUGAUGAAGAGUAGACUCUAUCAAAGGUUGAGUUUAAAUCUUCGUUUAUGGAUAGUGUUGGAGUUGUUCUCCAUUGUCUUUAUUUCUCUAUUUGUGUAAAUACAAUAAAGGUAGUUUAUUUC